AUGAAUUAAGAAGAAUCAAUAGCUAGUCUCUAUAAACGAUUUUAAAAGUAUUAAUAAGUUCACCCAUAAGAAAUAUCAGAAAAUGUCAUUGAAAAGGUCGAAUCUUUAUAUUAGGAUCUUGCAUUUGACAAAGAUUUGAGCAGAUUAAAGGUAAGUAGAGAAACUAAAGAAAAAAUAUUUAGACAGACAAUUCUUAUAUAUAUGUUUCAACCAAAAAAGACAGGUUAAAUUGAUAUCAAAAUGAAGGAUGAAUCAUUUUGGAAAACAAGAUAAUUAACUAUAGAUAUAGAUCUAUGCGAAUUGAUAAUUUUGUCUGAAAAAGAAAUCAUUCUCAAUUUACGUUUCUUUGAAAUCUAAAAUCCAAUUUAAGAUAACAAGAGAUACAAAUUUUUACUUUUGCAUAAAUCUCUCUCAUAAAACUUUUGGUUUGCUGAUGAUGAUAAAAAUUAUGUUAAUUAAUGGUUUAAUGAUAUAAAAUAAUGUGUUUUUUAAGGCAGAAGGGGAAGACGAUAUGAGACUAUGACUGUUGAACCUUUGGUAAAAGAUAUCAAUAUAGAACUGUUGAAAUAAAUGGAUAGAGAAAGACCAAGUAUUAACCAAAAUUUGUUUUAUUCUUAAGAAUUGAAUCAAUAAAAACAUUAUUCAAUUAACUAAUUAGAUAAUCAAUAAACUUUUUAUUAAACUGAAUAAAGUAGUUAAAAAUAGAUUGAUUAAGAAAGAAUAAUAUUUUUACAAUAAUCUCUUGGUGAAUCAGCAAUAUUAAAUUAAAAUUAAACAAUUCGUAAAGAUAAUUAAAUAGAAUAACCAGAAUUAACAUAAAUAUUAAAAGAUCUGUAAUAUAAAUUAAGUUAUGAUUAUUUAAUAGAUGAAUCUGAUUUCAAUCUAUAUUUAUUUGAAGAUACUAUAAGAAUUAUGCAGAAUAAAAAUGAUUUAUAUAAUUUCAGAAUAUAUCUUCCUAUUACUGAUGCUACUUCCAACAGUUUAAUAUUAGCAUUAUAUGAUAUAAAAACUCAAACAAAAUGGAAUAAAUAAAUAAAAAAUAUUGAGUAAUUGGAAAAUAUAGGUUUAACAACAGUAAAAAUAAAGGAAACAAGAGAACCAUUUGGUUAUUUUUAUUAACCUAGAACAUUUAAUUAUGUUAGAUAAUUUUAUACUAAUUAUAAUGAAAUAUAUGUAAUAGAUAAAUCUGAUGAUAAAAGUAGUAGUAUUAUACAUUGGAAUAUUUGUGCUGUUUUUUUAUAAUAACAUACACCUAAACUAUUUGUUGUUGAUACAAAAACUAUUAAUGGUGGAUAUAUGACAUAAACCUAAGAUUUAUAAUUAACAAUUUAAUAUUUAAAAGAAUAUAUUCACUUAAUUUAAUAUGUUAUGGAAUUAAAAUUAUAAAAAUAAGCACCUUAAUUUAUUUUAGAUUUAAUUAAUAUUUAUGAAAGUCGUCCAGUUAAAUCUAAAAAUAUUUAAUAAUUGGUUAUUCCAGAAUAUGUCUAGAAUAAUACAGGUAAUAAUUAUAUGCAUAAAUCAUAACCAUAAAUUGAUUUGUUAAAAGAAAAUGAAUUUACAAGAUAAGAUUCAAUAUCAUAUUUACAAAUUAAAUAAAAAUAUUAAUAAAAGUUUCAAAAUUAUUCUGACUCCAAGUAAACAAAUUCUUAUUAGAUUAGAGAUUAAGAUCUUACAUUAAUUAAAAAAUAAAAUUAAGAAAUUAUAAUUUAAUAAGAUACAUUUAUGGAAUAAAAUUAAGUUUUAAAUUUUAAUGUUCCUAUUAAUCAUCAAAUUAUUGAUGAAUAAAAGAUUUAAGAAUAGAAUACAGAAACUAUAGAUGAUAAUAAAUAAGUAGUGGAAAUAGAAGAGAAAAAGUAAAUUAAAAUUGAGGAUGAAUCUGAGGAUGAGAUUGAAGUAGAUGAAGCAUUCAUGCAUGAAGAUAUACGACCUGAGUGGGAAAAAUCAUAAUUGAUUUAAAAUUAAGAUGAUUUUUAUAAAGAUUUAUUAGACUUUGUAUUAGGAAAUUAAAUGUAUAGUUCUUAAUUACAUCCAUAUACUAUUACAAUUAAAGAAGAUACUUAAUAUGAAAGAAUUAAUGAAAUUAAUGGAUUUCAUUUUUUUUAUAGGGAUGAAUGGUAAUUUGAUACUAAAAAAGGGUAUCUAAAAUUUGUGAAUGCUAAAAAACUUGAAGCUUAGAAAAAAGUAUUAAAAUACAUUUUAAGUAAAAUGGGAUCUAAUUUAUUGAAAGGUAAAUCUAUUUUAAGUGUUUCUCUUCCAGUAUAUGUUUUUGAAAAAAGGACAAAUUUAUAAAGAUUUGGUGCAUCUUUUGCUUAUGCUCCACAUUUCUUAGAAAAUGUUCCAAAUGAUCCUGUUUAAUAAAUGGGAGCAGUGAUAGCAUUCUCACUUUCAUUUACAAUAAUCUAUUUGAAUUUAGAAAAACCUUUUAACCCAAUUUUAGGAGAAACUUGUUAAUUAUGGAUUAAAGGAUGCCCAGUUUAUUUAGAAUAAAUUAGUCAUCAUCCUCCAAUUGCUGCAUUUAUUAUGUAUGGUAGAGGUUAUAAAAUAUAUGGUAAUUUGGAAUCAACAGCUAGUAUAGGGGCAAAUACAGUAACAGGAGGUAAUGAGGGUAAAAUUGUAAUAGAAUGUAGUAAUGCAAAAAUUGAAUAUAGUUAUUGUAAAGGUUAUGUGACUGGUAUUACUUAUGGAGAUCGUUAUUUUUACACUGAAGGACAAUAAUUAUAUGUAGAUCAUAAAAAUCAAAUUAUUAGCGAAUUGUAUUUCAAUCCUUAAAAAAAAGGAAAAAAUCAAUAUGAUUAUUUUGAGGGUAAAAUAUACAAAGUGAACUAGAAUAUUCUAUAAAAGUACAAAAAAGAUGGGAAAAUUAAAAUGUCUAACCAAUAGGCAUAAGUUUUAGCUGAAAUUGAAGGAAAGUAUAAAAUCAUUUGAAAUUAUAUUUUAGUUGGUAGUAAGAAGAAGUUCUUAAGAUGAAUGGUAAAACAAUAUUCAAUUUGAUGAAAGAUUUUCCAUUCAAAUGUAAGCCUGAAAGAUUUCCAUUGGCCUCUGAUUCAUAAUAUAGAGAAGAUCUAAUAGGGUGGUAAUUGGAUGAUUUUGAUUUAUCUAUGAAAUACAAGGAAGUUUUGGAAGAAAGAUAACGAAAAGAUAGAAAACUUAGAAAAUGA